AUGAUGAAGAAACUUCUCUCCCCAACUCUGCUUCUGCUGAUCUUCUCCCUUCUCUGCACCACUAAUUCUGGUCAGCCUUCAGCACCGGCUCAAGCACCUUCCGGUUGUACCACAACUUCUGGUCAGUCUUCACCACCAGCUCCAGCACCUUCAGGUCCUUUAGCUCCUUCAGCUUCUUCAGGUCCUGCCGACAUCGUAGCAAUUCUCAGAAAGGCCCGCAAGUUUAGUACCUUUAUUGGGCUACUAAAGAGCACCCAGAUGGAUGCUGAAAUCAACAGCGAACUCAAGAAAAAAUCUAACGCGGGCUUCACCAUAUUUGCUCCAACUGAUAGUGCCUUUUCGGACCUCAAAACUGGUACUCUGAACUCAUUCUCGGACAAUCAGAAGGCUGCGCUGACAAAAUUCCACAUAAUAAAUUCUUUCCUUACAAUCUCGCAGUUCCAAACUGUGAGCAACCCACUGCACACAUCGGCAAAUGGUAACACUAAGGAGUUUCCACUGAAUGUGAUAGGGAACGGAACUCAGGUGAACAUGACAACAGGCCUUGUGAAUACAACAGUGGACAGCACAGUAUACAGUGAUGGUCAGCUUGCUGUGUAUGAGAUCCCCCAGGUUCUCCUUUCACAAGGUAUCCUCAGGACUCAAGCACCAGCAUCGGCUCCUCUACCUCCAAAGCCUAAGAAGGCUACUCCUCUUAAUUCACAUGCUCCUUCAACCUCGACCACCGUCUCUGUUGAUUCUUCUGAAGCGACAGGUCUGCCCCACUAUGCACCAAUUAUGGUAUCCAUUGGAGUGGCUGUUGUUGCGGCAUUACCCUUAUGCAUAUGA